CUUUUUUUCCUUAAAUGUUUUUCUGCAAACUUCGUGGAGAGUGGUCUUCUCCUCAGCACCACGCCUGGACUAAUGGAUUACCACCUGCUCGGAUUAAUUUUAGCUUUUCUCAUCAGUGACGUAAAGGUCUUAGCUGGUUACCCCAUUUGGUGGUCCCUUGCGUUAGGCCAACAGUAUACUUCAUUGGGGUCCCAGCCAAUCUUGUGUGGUUCCAUUCCUGGCUUAGUGCCCAAGCAGCUUCGGUUCUGCCGUAACUACAUUGAGAUCAUGCCCAGUGUGGCUGAGGGUGUGAAGCUGGGAAUCCAGGAGUGCCAGCAUCAGUUUCGUGGCAGGCGUUGGAAUUGCACCACCAUUGAUGACAGCUUGGCCAUUUUUGGGCCUGUCCUAGAUAAAGCUACGCGAGAAUCUGCCUUUGUCCACGCCAUUGCCUCAGCCGGCGUGGCCUUUGCUGUCACUCGCUCCUGUGCAGAAGGCACUUCCACCAUCUGUGGCUGCGACUCACACCACAAAGGGCCACCAGGUGAAGGAUGGAAAUGGGGAGGUUGCAGCGAGGAUGCCGACUUCGGUGUGUUGGUUUCGCGAGAGUUUGCAGAUGCCCGAGAAAACCGCCCAGAUGCCCGCUCAGCCAUGAACAGGCAUAAUAAUGAAGCUGGAAGAACAACUAUCUUGGACCACAUGCACUUGAAAUGCAAGUGUCAUGGCCUCUCAGGCAGCUGUGAGGUUAAAACAUGCUGGUGGGCCCAGCCGGACUUCCGGGCCAUUGGUGACUACUUGAAGGACAAGUAUGACAGUGCUUCAGAGAUGGUGGUGGAGAAGCACCGGGAAUCCCGUGGGUGGGUGGAGACUUUGCGUGCCAAGUAUGCCCUUUUCAAGCCGCCGACGGAGCACGAUUUGGUCUAUUAUGAGAACUCGCCCAACUUCUGCGAGCCCAACCCUGAGACUGGCUCAUUUGGAACCAGGGACAGAAUGUGCAACGUGACUUCACAUGGGAUUGACGGAUGUGAUUUGCUCUGCUGUGGCCGUGGCCACAACACCAGGACAGAGAAGAGAAAGGAGAAGUGCCACUGCAUCUUCCACUGGUGCUGUUAUGUCAGCUGCCAGGAAUGCAUCCGAGUUUAUGAUGUGCACACCUGCAAAUAAAGAAAAGAAAGAGGUCCUUGGUACAACUGGAGUAUAAAAUGGAAGUGAAAAAUUACAAGAAAGCGCCACCGCUGCAGCCUG